AAUUUGCGCAUUUAUCGAAAGCAAACUCCAAAAUUCAAAUCCAUAAUAGCCCGGCCCCCAUCACCGCCGUUCUUGCCUACCAUUGCCAGCCUAUACAUACAUACUUAUAUACUAUAUAUAUACUAUAUAUACUAUAUAUAUACUAUAUAUACUUAUAUAUAUAAUAUAUUUUUAGUGACACUGGGUCCCAUAUAUUGCCGGAAAAAUAUCUUUUCAGUUUGCAGAAUAAUUGAAGUUUGAUAGCAGAGUGGAAGAGUGGCUUUUCAGAAUAUGAGGAAUAUGUUUCAGGGGCAGCAAGGAAGAGUUGGAGAAGCUGAUUGUGAAAUAUUCUACAUGCAGUCUCAUGGAAGAAAGUUGGCUAGAACUCACAUGCAUGACUGGCUUAUAUUGAUACUCCUAAUCUUCAUAGAGAUUGGCCUAAACAUCAUCCAUCCGUUCUAUCGUUUCGUAGGCAAGGAUAUGAUGACAGACCUUAAGUAUCCUAUGAAGGAAAACACUGUUCCCUUGUGGGCCGUUCCUCUUUAUGCUGUGUUGUUGCCUAUUGUUAUAUUUCUGUUCAUCUAUAUCAAGAGGAGAGAUGUAUAUGAUCUACACCAUGCAAUUUUAGGUCUCUUAUUUUCUGUACUCAUAACCGGUGUCCUGACAGAUGCUAUAAAAGAUGCCACUGGACGGCCUAGACCUGAUUUCUUUUGGCGUUGUUUUCCUGAUGGAGUCGAGAAAUAUGAUCGGUGGGGCAAUGUUGUAUGUCAUGGUGACUAUGAUGAUAUAAGAGAAGGUCACAAGAGUUUCCCAAGCGGCCAUUCUUCGUCAGGGUCCUUUGCUGGACUAGGUUUUUUGGCAUUGUAUUUAGCAGGCAAAAUCAAAGUAUUUGAUCGUAAGGGCCAUGUGGCAAAACUAUGCAUUGUUUUCCUCCCGCUCCUUAUGGCAUCUCUUGUAGCCGUUUCCCGUGUAGAUGAUUACUGGCACCAUUGGCAAGAUGUUUUUGCUGGUGGUCUUUUAGGUCUUACUGUAGCCACAUUUUGCUAUCUGCAGUUUUUUCCAGCCCCAUAUCACACUGAAGGGUGGGGUCCAUAUGCUUACUUUCGUGCUCUAGAAGAGACACGUUCUACUAGGGUAGAACGUUCUGUAGAUGAAGUUGAUGAUCAUGCUGUCGAGAUUCCAAAUCUAAACCAACAAUUCGGCCAGAACAACAAUGGGCGCGGGCUUGUUUCCAAUUUAGAUUACCAAUCUAAUUCCUUGCAAACUGAUGUAGAAUCGGGUAAAAGUAUGAUCUUCACCUGAAUAUAUGGUAAGACUCUAGCUGUUACUAGCUUUGUUGAUGAAGCUCUUGUGCAUGAAGCUUAGUUGGUGCUUGUAGAGGAAAAUGAAAGGGAGUGGUAUAUAUCUUUUAGAUCACCCGAUGUGUGAAAGGUUGUAAAAACCUUUUGAGAUUUUUCGGUUACUUGAGUUAAUGACUUUAUAUUUUGAGUAAUGUUAGUGCGACUUGUUAUCGUGA